AUGUUUUGGGAAGUUGCUGCAGCAACAAGCAUGCCGGAGCAUGAAACUGCCAUAGCAAAUCUUGCUAGGGCUGACCUACAGGAAGGUGACAAGCUAACAACUGCGGGAUGGUUCAAACGGUUGCCUCCAAAAUUGUGGUCCAUAGCUCAUUUUAGUACAGCUUGUAGGAGUGACACUUGCGUUAACAAUAUGAGUGAGUCAUGGAAUAAUUACAUUCUAAAAGCUAGAGGGAAACCAAUAAUUACAAUGCUGAAGUGGAUUCGGAGGAGAUUAAUGCAAAGGUUGGUAACCAAACGAGAGGGCAUGCUGAAACAUGGUGGCACUUUAUGUCCAAACAUUUAUGAGAAGUUAGAGAAGUUUAAGAUAAAGGCAAGAAAUUGUGUUGCGGUUUAUGGAGGAAAUGGGAAUUUGGAAGUUGAUGGCUAUGGAAGGACAAAUGUUGUCAAUUUGGAGAUGAAAACAUGUACCUGUGGUCAUUUUCAGUUUAGUGGCAUUCCUUGCGUGCAUGCGGUUGCCUGCAUUCAGAGUAGAAAGUUGAAAUUUGAGGACUAUGUUAAUGCUUGUUACCAUAGGGAGGCAUAUUUAAGGGCCUACAACUUCACAAUUGGUCCCGUUCCUUCGAAGCAGUUCUGGGUAGAUAGGAAAAUGCAAUAUUUGAACCCACCAUUGGUGAAAAAACAGCCUGGUAGGCCAAAAAAUAGAGGAAGAAGGGUCCAGAAGAGCCUACAAAUCAGCAGAAAGCAAGUAGGAAAGGUCUUGCAGUUUACUGCACUUAAAGUUGGUCCAACAGCUUCAAAUGCAACAUCCGUAGCUUCUACAACUCAGGCUAGUGUCUCAAGUACUACUGCUACUACACUUUCACAG